GACCAAAUCUAGAUAGAAUAUGUGUGACUCCCUAAUGUGUCAAGCACGUAGCUUUAGUUGUAUAAAACUGGUUCUAACACUCCUGUCACAGGCACAAUUUCUCAUGCAGAUGAGGAAGAGACAAGUGUGGCACAAGAAUCUCUAUUGAUUUAGGUUUCAUCAAAGACGCACCAUGAGGAUGAAAGGCUGUGUUUUUAUAUUUGUCAUCAUGGCAAUUUCUGAAGCAUUCUCCUUAAACCCAAAUGGACUAGAAAUAGUGGAUGUUGGUGAAGUGAAGGACAUUCCUGAAAUAAACAAGGAAUUUUUACAUGAUGAUAUUUUGGAGCCUAUAGGCAAGCAGAGGAGUACCAUCAUUAAUGAAAACAUCCUGUGGACAUCUCCAGUCCCCUACCUCUUAAAUAAUGACCUUGACAUUAAUUCUAAAGGAGUCAUUCUGAGAGCCUUUGACCAGUUCAGACUGAAAUCAUGCAUUGACUUCAAACCAAGAGACUCUGAGGACUAUUACAUUUCUGUCAAACAGUUAAAUGGAUGUUGGUCAUACAUUGGACGAAUAUUUUCCAAUGGACAGGAACUCUCCAUUGGAACAGGCUGUGGUUACAUUGCCAUUGUUGAACAUGAGUUCCUUCAUGCUCUUGGCUUCUACCAUGAACAGUCCAGAUAUGACAGAGAUGAUUAUGUGACGAUUAACUUUGAAAACAUCCUAGAAGCUUACAAGAGCAACUUUAGAAUCGUUGGCAGUGAUGAGAGCACCACCAAUGGAGUCCCAUAUGACUACUUGUCCGUGAUGCACUAUGGCAAAGAUGAUUUCACCAAUGGCAAUGGAUCUACAAUCAUCACCAAAGAUCGCAAAUUCCAGAAUCUGAUUGGUCAACGAGUGGAAAUGAGUACUAGUGAUGUUCAGGAGCUGAAUCUACUCUACAAAUGCAGCUCAUCCAUUGCCUUCAAGAUGUACUGUGGCUUUACUAAUGGGACCAUGUGUCAAAUGAACCGCUGUUCAAAGAGUGGCAAUGGCUGGGAAAUGGUAACUGGUGUUUAUGGUGGUCCCAGCUCUGACCACACCAAUCUGCCCAGUGGAAAUGGUGGUCAAGGUCAGGAUGCAGGUUACUUCAUGUAUGCCAGCACAGAAUCAGGUCAGGAGGGUGACUCAGCCUGGCUGGAGACAAAGAGGAUGAGUCCCCAGAGGGAGUGUCAUGUCCAAUGUCUGCAGUUCUACUAUUAUCACAAUGGGAGCAAGUCAGAUGAACUUAACAUCUGGAUCAGAGAGUUUCAAGAUCAAUGGGACUCCACAGGAACACUCUACCUCAUGGGACAGAUCAGUGGUCCACCAACAUCUCACUGGACUCUCCACCAUGUUCCUCUAAAUGCCACUAAGCAGUUCCAGGUGGAGUUUGAGGUUCGUAAAGGAGCAGGAAACUCUACAGGCGGCUUCUCUAUUGAUGACAUCAAUCUGUCAGAGCUUGAGUGUCCAGAUGGAACCUGGCAGAUUAAUGAUUUUGAGAGAUUUUGGAACAGUACUCAUACUCCAACCCUGAUAUAUAGCCCAAGGCAGUACUCCAGUGAGGGCUAUGCUUACCGGGUAGCGUUAUAUCUAAGGCAGACAGAUUUUGGAGUAUAUGUGCAUCUUGUCUCUGGUGUCUAUGAUGACCAACUGCAAUGGCCUUGUCCACAAAGGCAAUUUACUGUCCAAAUGUUGGAUCAGAACCCCAACAUCCAGCUACAGAUGUCAAGGCAAAUGAGUCUCACCACUGACCCAAAUCUGCUCACCACCAGUGGUGUUCCUGCUUGGGGCAAACCUCGUGAUGUUGGAACUCAAAUUGUUAAUGAGAACAAUGAGCUGAUCUAUGCUAAUAACCUGUAUGGUAGAUAUAAUUUUGCAUCUUUGGAAGACAUCCAAUCCAGAAAUUACAUCAAGGGAGGGAGUGCCAUUUUCAUCUUCAGUGUAAAAGAUCUCACACCUCUAGUUAAUGGAAGUUCACUGCCAUGUCCUCAAGUGAGAACAGUGAAUAUUACACAUCCUCCUGGAGACCAGCAUAAAGGACCUUGCUCAUCACGGAUCUCAACCACCUCCAUUCCAACUCCAAAAUCAACAAAUGACAGGAUCUCACCCACCACAAUUGCAAUUGCAGACACAACCGAUGACAGGAUCUCACCCACCACAAUUCCAAUUCCAGACACAACAGAUGACAGGAUCUCACGUACCACAAUUCCACCUCCAAUCACAACAGAUGACAGGAUCUCACGUACCACAAUUCCACCUCCAAUCACAACAGUUGACAGGAUCUCACCUACCACAAUUCCACCUCCAAUCACAACAAAUGACAGGAUCUCACGUACCACAAUUCCACCUCCAAUCACAACAGUUGACAGGAUCUCACCUACCACAAUUCCACCUCCAAUCACAACAAAUGACAGGAUCUCACCUACCACAACUCCAAUUCCAGAGACAACAGAUGACAGCAUUUUUGGAUUCUCUCCUGGUAUGAUGGCCUCUCCUUUCCUCACACUUCUGCUAGCGCUGCCGCUUUUGAUACCCUGAUGUGUAUUUCAUCCACAUCUGGAAUCUUUACAUGAGCAGAGCAAUAUACUCUGCCAGAUUACUUUUUGUUAUUUUUGGAUUUUGCUACUGUAUGACCUGAUAAUUAUCCAUUCCUUUUUGAUUUAUUAUAGAUGUUUCCAAUGUAGACAUGCAGCUCGUGGGGAUAGGUUAAUUGGAUAAUCCAAAUUGCCACUAGGUGUGAAUGUGCGAGUGAAUGUGAGUGUGAAUGGUUGUCUGUCUCGGUGUGUUGGCCCUGCGACAGACUGGCGACCUGUCCAGGGUGUACCCCGCCUCUCGCCCUAUGACAGCUGGGAUAGGCUCCAGCGCCCCCUGCGACCCUGAAAAAAGGAUAAGCGGAAGCGAAUGGAUGGAUGGAUGUUUCCAAUGUAGUGGUUUGCUUUUUUGGUGGUGAAACCUUUCAUUGUGGUUGUUGGUUUAAUAAUAAUCAUUUGCAACAAUGUUUUCAUUUUGUGUCUACAAUAUAGUGACUAAAAUAAAGCAAGCAAAAAAUAUGU